UCAGAUCGCUCAGUCGAUUACCUCCAGCCGAUGCACUCGCAUCCACAUCACAGCCAGUGUGUCCAGCAUGUUCCGCCCAGCAGAGCUCGUUUUGAUUAUGGCGGGAUUGACGCUUGCUUGCGCCACGAUUGAAGUGAGUGACUUGAGGCAGCUUCCGUCGGCCGAUUUAAACUCCGGCCUUGGCUACGAGCUGCUCCUCACGGCCAUCGAAGCCAUGCAGCAGGACAUCAUGGACACACGGGCGCAAGUUCGGGAGCAGCGCCAGCUGUUGGAGGGCUUGAGGGGUGAGAUCGAUCGGAAGCAGCAGUCCGUGGAGAGUAAAGUGCAGGUGCUGUUGAAGCGGAGUUUGGUCGAACUGAACCAGAAGAUUCAGACAUCACUUCGUAAUGAUUCAGCAUCAGCGGAACAGAUGCAGCUGCGGAUAGAGCAAUUUGAAAAUCGUACGGAACAAACACUCAGUCAGCAUAAACAGAGUUUCAAGCAAGAGCUGGAAGACCUGGAUAAGCGAAUGCAACAAAGCAUCACUAAGCUACAAAGCAUUGCCCCUUCAGCUCCAAUUGAGCGAGCUUCGUUUAGAUCAUCAACAUCAAACAGAACUACACCAGCUGAUAACAGAGUGUACGGCUCCUGCCAAGAAACACAAUCCCGUGGAAUCGUGAAUAUUAGGCCACCAAAGUCAGGACUUCCAUCAUUCAAGGUACUUUGCGAGCAAAACAAUUGGGGAGGUUGGAUUUUGAUCCAUUACCGUUUCGAUGGUUCCGUCAACUUUGACCGUAACUGGUCCGACUAUAGUAACGGAUUCGGCAGACUCGACUUGGAAUUCUGGCUAGGAUUGGAGAAAAUGCACCGUCUUACGUCAUCCGAUAGCUACGAACUGUUGAUAGUCAUGAGACGGAAGGAUGGCAGCGAUUCUUACGCGCACUAUCAGCGGAUCGUCGUCGGUAGUAGCGCUGAAAAGUACAAACUCCAACUGUCCGGUUUUUACCGAGGAUCCGUACUCGACAGCAUGGCAUCCAGCAAUGGGAUGGCGUUUUCUACCCCGGAUGCCGACAACGACCAAGCUCCAGAUGCAAACUGCGCUCAAGGUUACUCCAGUGGUUGGUGGUUCAACCAGUGCUUCAACGCCAAUCUCAACGGAUUGUACAGUCCAGGAAAGCUCGAUGACGCGAUGCAGUGGAACGGCUUCGGUGACAAGGAGGGUCUGUUGGGAGCAGCGAUGAUGAUUCGUCCAAGUCCAACCGUGAACCUGGAUGUACCGAUGAUGCCCGAUGGUGGUUCUUCAAGCUCCGGGUACUUUUUCUCACAGACCUCGUUUUCUAGGUCAUCGUCGCGAAAUCGGUUCCCAUGAUCAAAGUGUAAAAUC